AUGCUUUCUCCCACCACCACCACCUCCGCCGCCGCCAUUUCUUCACCAAGCCCUGUCGAAGACCCCAUCUCCGGCGAUGACGUCAUUUCCCGUUCAAUCCAGAACGUCUCGGACACCGUCUCUCGUCACCGGCCAUGGUCCGAAUUCAUCGCCGCCGGGGUCUUCGACAGCCCAGAAUCCCUCUCCGCCGCCGGCCUCCGCCUCCAGAAGCACUCCACGUACUUCAGCAUCAACUACGCGAUUCUCAUCUCGAUCUGCGCCGCCUUCUCUAUCCUCCUCACUCCGAUUUCUCUGAUCUCCUACGCCGCGGUCUUCGCCCUCUCGAAUGGUUCCCACCGCUCCUCGCUUCAAUGGCAUGUGUCGGAAUCUUCAGCUUCGCUUGGCAAUCCUUCACCCUCUGCAACCCUUCAAGAACCCUCAAGGCGGCGUUUUGGCUCCUCCAGAAGUUUGGCCCUCUGCUAACAUGUUCUUGUCAUACGGCACUCACAGCAGACACAAACUUUACUUGAAAACCGAAAGCAAUGAAUGAAAACCCACUUAACUUUCUUUUUCUUUUUUUUUUAUUUAUUUUACUCCAUCUUCUUUGAAAAGAAACCAUUCUGCACAAACUUUUCUUUUUUUUUUUAUUAUUUUACUCCAUCUUUUGAAAACCCACUUAACUUUUUUUAUUUUUAUUAUUUUACUCCAUCUUCUUUGAAAAGAAACCGACACACAACUUGCUUUGCACAUGUCUCUCCUCU